CUUACCCAAUUGAAUUAAUCAUGUAGCCACAACUUCAACUUGCAAAAUCCUCUAUAAAUAAGACGAGUGAAGGAAGCUUAUACACCAUCAACCAAAAGUGCAAAACAAAAUCUAACUAGAUUUCUCCAAAAACAAAAGAAAUUCCUUGAAUUCCUUGCAUUAUAUUUAUGGCUAGCUCCGCUGUUAUCAAGUUAGCUUGUGCAGUCCUGUUGUGCAUCGUGGUCGCUGCACCAUACGCUGAAGCAGGUAUAACUUGUGGGAUGGUUUCAAGCAAACUUGCUCCUUGCAUUGGGUACCUUAAAGGAGGCCCCUUGGGCGGUGGUUGCUGUGGUGGAAUUAAGGCCCUGAACGCGGCAGCUGCCACCACUCCUGACAGGAAAACUGCAUGCAAUUGCCUCAAAAGUGCUGCUAAUGCCAUUAAGGGAAUCAACUACGGAAAGGCUGCUGGUCUCCCUGGUAUGUGUGGCGUCCAUAUUCCCUACGCCAUUAGCCCCAGCACCAACUGCAACGCCGUCCACUAAACCGCAAAUGUUAUAACAAAAAUGGAAGAUGGAGCUACAUAGGAGUGGCCCAGUUACUAAGCUCGUAGAGUGUAUGAUAAUAAAAGAAGAGAGAUCAUCUUUGCCAAGUCGCUAGCUUGUAUUUCUUGUUUCAUGUAUUAUUGCAACUUUUCUAUUACUUUUCGGGUUACAAAUAUCCUAAUAUUACCAACUACGAAGUACUUCUUAUUUA